AUGUCGGCUGUCUGUGACUGUGUGUCCGCUGAAGUCGGUUGGGAUCUAUUAGUGCGCCCAGUUCUGCCCACCUUCUCGUUGGUGCAGAGCCGGAAACGUCAGCGAUCACAUGUUGGUCGUAUCGAUACAGACAGAGACACAGAGGUGCACAUCAUCCCCGAGUCUGGAGGACUCUCAACUCAGGAGGAUGCUAUUCCGGACAGUCGUCUGUCUCUUUUGACGCUUACCAAGUGCCCAUCUCUGCCUGCAGCGCUGCCGGGCAACGAGGUCUUCUGCCGUCCAGACCAAUGCCUUCCGAGAUCCCUUGUCUGUCUGCGCCAACCUGUCUGGUAG